UUUUAGUCAGUUUGUUGUAGACUUGUAGACAGUAGUUGUAAUACAUUGAUAUUUACUAUUUAUAGACAUACUUGGUGUUUAUUAUUUAAUAAUAUUUAUUAAUUAUUAUACUCAACACUCAGCAGAUAUACUUUAUUAUAUAUUUAAACGCGCUCAUAACUCAUAAUUCAUGUAUCAUGAUUCACAUUGAUACAAUAUCACAAUAAUCAAUUAUAAAUCAUUGAAAAGGCUAGAGGGUUGAAGUCACCUUAUUAAAAAAAAUUUUAAAUAAUCAAAAGGGUAUUAGAUGGUACCCUUAGAUGAUUACUUUGUAGUAAAUUACCGAUGUAGUUGGUUUUUGAAUAUAUUUUGUUAGAAUUUGUUUUAUAUAAAAAGAGAAACAUUGAUACGCAAAAUGGAAAUCUCUGACCAAAUGUUUUCUUUAAGUCAAUCAGACAUUUGUCGACUCUGUGGACUAAGCAACUCCUCAAGGUUCCUGAUAUACAAAAAAGUAGAUGCUGCUGAAUUGACUAUUGCGGAUUUAAUUAACCGCUAUUUGCCUAUUCAAGUUUCUGAUGAUGACGAAUACCCAAGAACUAUAUGUUCAAACUGUAAAUGUCAGUUGGACAUGUUAGUGAAAUUCAUUGAUGAUUUGUUAGAUGGUCAAAUGUUUCUCAAAAAUGUUUAUAAAAUGUACAAGUCUAAACAGCUUUCUUCAGCAGAAUAUAUACCUCUGGUUGAUGAAAGAACUACUAAUUUCAAGAAUAAUAUAAACACUAAAAGUAAUGAUGUGGUUUUUGUAUGUGAGACUUGUGGCUUAACAUUAGCUGACAAAAAUGACUUAAAGGCACAUUUGAAAAAUCAUCAUGAAGAACAACCAAGCCAUAGUGGUACUUCAACAAAUAAAGUUGCUGAAAGAUUUUCAUGUGAACAUUGCAUGAAAACAUUUGCCCAAAAAAAUGGGCUUAAUACUCAUUUAAAAACACAUAAAGGUGAUAAAAAGUAUGUAUGUCAAGUAUGUAAGAAAAGCUAUUAUCAAAAUGGUAACCUACAAGAACACAUGCGCAUACAUACUGGAGAAAAGCCUUUCAGUUGUGAAUACUGUUCAGUAUCAUUUAGAACAUCAUCUCAGUUGAAAACUCACAUUCGAUGUCAUAGUGGUGCUAAACCUUACAAGUGUUCAGUGUGUGGACGAUCAUUCCCACAUAAUAAUACUUUGAAAAUUCAUUUAAGGCGUCAUUUCAAUGAUCGACAGUAUAACUGUGAAUAUUGUCCAAAAAAAUUUUUUGACCAUACAUCACUGGUCAGACAUUCUCGUACACAUACAGGCGAAAAACCCUAUUACUGUGAUGUGUGUAACAAGGAUUUUGCAACAGUCACAAAUUUUAACAAACAUAGAAAAGUACAUAUGAAAGAUAAAAAUUCUACAGUAUGGGAGCUGACUACCAAAUUCCAAAAAGGCAGUUCAGAAAUUGAUUAUAUAAAUGCUACAAUAAUUAACGAUAAUGAUUUACAGCCGUGUGAUAGAACAGAGGAUUUAUUUUUAAUUUCCAAUCAAGUCAAGGAUCUCAACUCUGAUAUGCCAUCCAAUAGUGUUAAUAAUUUGGAUGAUCUAUUAAACGUCAACACUUCUUUCACAUCUCUUAAUUCUAUUAGCUUUAAUGAAUCUAUUUUAGAGUUAGCUGAAAACAUUGUACCUUAGAACUUAGUAUGAUAAUAUAUUUUUAAUUUAUAUGAGCUAAAUUGUCAAUUUUUUGUAUUAUGAGAUGUCACUGACUUACAACAUUACCAUGCUGCCAUUGAUAAGACUGAUAAUCAAUGAUAACUAUAGAUUGUCUCAGGUAAAUAAAAUUAUAUUAUAUUAUUCUUAUUUUAAUAUAUUAUAUUUAUUUCUCUUUGAUUCUAAAUAUUAAGGUUUUAUUUUUAUAAUUAACUACAACUGAUCAGUAUAUCUAAUAUGAGUAAGCACGAACAUUUUUAAAUGUAUAUUUUGUGCACAUGUUUCUUUUAAUUAUUAUAUUGUCUGUGAUAUGAAUGUAAUAAGAUAAUGUAAUUGUUUCAACUUGGAACCAAAUAAAUUUACUAUUUUAUUCCAA